CAUGAACUGAUUUUUUUCCCUCCCCUCGGAACUCUGGUUUCUACAGAUGAAGGUCGAGAUUGACUCCUUCUCCGGCUACCGUAUCUACCCCAGCAAGGGCAAGCUGUUCGUCCGCAGUGACAGCAAAGUCUUCCGAUUCGCCACUUCAAAAAAUGCCUCCCUGUUCCUUCAACGCAAAAACCCUCGUAAGAUCGCCUGGACACAGGUGUUCCGCCGGAUGCACAAGAAGGGUAUUACGGAGGAGGUCGCCAAGAAGCGCUCGCGACGCACUGUGAAGCACCAACGUGGCAUCGUCGGUGCAGACCUCGCAGCUAUUGCGGCAAAGCGUAACCAAACUGCGGAUGUUCGCACACAACAACGAUUGGCUGCUAUUACGAAGGCUAAGAGCGAGAAGAAGGAAAAGGAGUCCAAGAAGCCCAGGAUUUCGCGUCCUGCUGUUGCGACUGGUCCCAAGGUAUCGAAGCAGCAGAUGAAGGGUGGAAAGGGUGGACGAUGAGCAGUUUGAUGUUACCUACCUUGUCGUUAUUCAUGGUUCCUUUACCUCAUGCAAUCUAUGCGACUAUGAGCCUUCCCACAGUUGCGCCGUUAGGCUGAUCGAUUAUAUCGAUUAUAAUGUUCGGUACUUUUUUUUCCUGGACGCCACAGAAUUCAGCUGCUCUAGUGAGCCUCACGCAAUCCAUCAGACAAUGU